UACGCUUUACUGUAAAUCUAUUUAUUAUAGAAUUACAAUAUUGUUAAAGUGAUAGUUCACUCAAAAUUCUGUCAUCAUUUACUCACGGUUGUUUUGUUCAGACCCUGAAGAAUUAUUUUUUUUUUUUUUUCAACACAAAAGGAGAUAUUUUGAAAAAUGUGUGUUUUGGUCAUACAAUGGAAGUCAGUGGGAGCCAAUGUUGUUUUGGACCCCACUGACUUGCACUGAAUCAGUCUUGUUAUUGUUAAUAACUAAAACUAUUGAAAACUAUUUUCACUAAUUGAGGUAAUUAAUAAUAAUAAUAAUAUAAUAUAAUAAUAAUAAUUGCUUAAACUUAAAACUAAAUAAAAAUUUAAAGAAACUAAUAAAAUAUACAAAAGCAAUUAACAAAAUUACUAAAACAUAAACUAAAACAAAAAACUGAGAAUAAAAAUAAAAACGAAUUAAAAAUAUUAAGAAAUAAGAUAAUAGUAUAUUAUAAUAAUAUUUAAUAUAAUAUUCAUUCAAAAAAAAAAAAAUCUCUUUCCAAGAGGUCUGGACACUGGAUAAUUAUCCAAUAAAAUUACAUUUAACUGGAUAUCAUUACUGACGCCAUGUUGAAAUAUGGUCAUGUGACCCAUCAUGUGUUAUUCACAGCGGUUUGUCUACUUUAUACCUGAAUUCAUUACAUGAGCAUCUGAAUGUCCAAAUAUUAUUUCCCAGAUGUCGCCCUGAGAAACAAUUAUUGUCCGAAUAGUGCUUUGUCAAAGUCUCAGUUUCGUUUGGUCAUUUAACUCACUGUGGCGACUGGAAGGACAGUCAAUGAUAGUAUAUUAGCAGCUUCUCGUCAACGCGAAUGUUUAUGAAAAACUCCAGUGGUUUACAAACAGAUACUAGCACCGGAAAGUUAUGCUCUAGCUGUAACGGGACAUAAAACAUCUGUGAGAAAGACAGGAUUGAAGGCCAGUAAAGAGACCACCACAAUGCAGAAGGAUAUUUAUGGAUGACAUGGAAAAACAGAGAUGGAUUUGCUGGAAUUGGUUGGAUGAGAAGAGUUUUACUCGAAUGUAAGUUUUUCUCAUGUGAAAUAUUACAUUCAUUUGCUCGUUGUCACUACUAGUUCUGAAGUGUCUGUCAAGACAUGACAAAAAAACUUCUUGCAUGUGCAGAUGUGCUUCAGAAAUGCUGCCAGUUGUGUUCCCUCUAUGGGGGAACUCAAAUCUAAAAUCCAUCUUCACAACCUUCCCGCCGACAGAGAAAACAUCAGGAAGGCUCCGUUCUGUACGGUUAUAAAAACCCCAUAAGUUACAAAGCAAAUAACAACCAUAAACAAAACUGUAACCUCUUCAGCUGCAUCCUGUUUCCAGAGACAGAAAAGAUUCAGAAGGUCUUGCUCUGGGAUUUUUUUUAUUACGUCCCAAAGGACUCAUAAAAGUAGUUAGAUGUUCUUGUGGAUCCACUGAGCUGCUCUUACCAGGAACCAGAUCUACAAAGUACUCUCUAUGGCCAGCAGCCGUUCAGCCACGUCAAUGUGCAGUUUUCAAUGUAUGGAGCGCCAAACGCUCAAGCGUGCAACCCGCCGUACCCCUACAGCCAUCAAUGCUCUGAGUUCACCUGUGAGCCAGACAUGGAGGUCCAAAGCCCAACAAGAGGUAGCAUUGUCGGUCUUCCAGUGCUAAAAAGACCGAGGAUGGGCCAUGGAGCUCGAGUGAAGGGCCAGGAUGAGCUGUGUGUGGUGUGUGGAGAUAAAGCCUCAGGAUAUCACUACAAUGCCCUCACCUGUGAGGGAUGCAAAGGUUUCUUCAGACGCAGUGUGACUAAGAAGGCAGUGUACCGCUGCAAGAGCGGCGGAAGCUGCGAGAUGGACAUGUACAUGCGGAGAAAGUGCCAGGACUGCAGGCUGCGCAAAUGCAGAGCCGUCGGGAUGCUGGCAGAGUGUCUGCUUACAGAGGUGCAAUGCCAGUCGAAGCGACUGAGGAAGGGCUCCAAGCACAGAGGACACAACGGGUCAACAGGAAGAGCUGAAGACGACUACUCUGAAAGCAGAAGUGUCUCGUCCACCAGCAGAUUCACCGCUCGGGUAUCUGGUUUCUCCAGAGAGCAGAGAUGCGUUCUGAAUAGAAUUGUUGAGGCUUAUCGUAGGUACAUAAUUCAAGACAACAUGCAUUGUCGGGUGCCUCUGUGGUCAAGUUUGACAAACAAUAUAGAUCUGACUCCUCCGCAGAUGGAGAAGCUUUUGCAGUUUUUGAGGAGUGUACCUGGGUUUGAGCUUUUGGAUGGUCCUGACCAGAACACUCUUCUGUCCAGCUCUUCAGUUGAAGUCAUGUUCCUACUCUUGGCUCAGCAAUUCUCAGAGAACCCCACUAAUGUUAGCAAUGCUUUAUACCCAGAAAAUUCGAAUAACUCGAACCCUGAUUGGGUGAAAACUUUAGAGUCCAAGUCUGGGAACAACCACAGGACACUGACACACUCAGGGAUGAAUGAUGAAUUCUUGAGGUCUGUGGUAAAUUUCCUCCACAGCAUGGUGACUAUUGCGGUAACCGAGGCUGAAUAUGCACUUCUAACAGCGACUGCAGUGUUAUGUUCAGACAGGCCGUCUCUGCGUGCUGUGGGCUGCGUUGAGAACUUACAGGAGUUUGUUUUGGAGCUCCUGUCCCGAGCUUGCUGCUGCUGUAGUCAGGGGACGGCACAGGACCCACGACGCUUUGCCAGGCUCCUGGGACGGCUGACAGAGCUGAGAACACUACGACACAACCACCUCACCCUUCUCCCACAGCAGCCCUGGGACAUGCAGCCUUGAGACAGCCUUUAGGGAGAGAGAUUUAUGACAUCUGAUCUCUGUUGCAAUACACUUUUCAUUUUUGGCCAGAACAAUAUCCCAGGUCAGUGUACUUUUGGUUAACCGUGUGCAAACAUAGUUUAGUUUAAUAAAAAAAAAUAAAAAAAUAAAACAAAUGUACGCCUCAUGAUGUCACAGUUUCUUAUAUGCAUUAAAAAAAAUGUUAGUUUAUUUUGUGUUUUAGGAUUUCUUGCAUUUCAUUUAUGUUGUAAUACAAAUGAAUUUGCAUUUAUUGUUCUAUUUAUCCAUUUUUAGAUCCAUGUUAAUAAUAAAUAUAUGUAAUCACUGUU